ACAUCCUGUCCCGCUACCCCGUUAUCCAUAGCAGGACUGAACUUUGACUCAUGUAAACACAGAGUAGGCUACAGUGAAGAAGUCCGAAGGUUGUGAAGGUCGUCGGAGAUAUAAGAGACACUGCUGUUGUGUCUAAAUCUCAGAAUCGCGCUGCCUCCCUUGUACGUAAGAGGACUCAAUACAUUCUCCAGCAUGAAUUUCCUAUUGGAGACACUGCAGGUGCUCGUCAUGUCCCUGUACUAUAACCUGGAGACUGUGUUCCGGCUAGUCAUUCCACCCCGGCGGAAAAGUGUUGCUGGGGAGACGGUCCUGAUCACUGGGGCAGGGAGUGGCAUUGGCCGACUCCUGGCCCUGGAGUUUGCCAAGCAAGGUGCCCGGCUGGUGCUGUGGGACAUCAACCAGGAGGGGACCAAGGAAACGGCUUGCCUUGUCAUGGAAAAAUACAACGUCAGGGCCAACAUGUAUGUUUGUGACUGCAGCGAUCGCGCUGAGGUCUACCGAGUUGCUGACCAGGUCAAAAGAGAAGUAGGUGAUGUGACGAUUCUGAUCAACAAUGCAGGUAUUGUGACGGGAAAGAAGUUUCUAGAAUCUCCAGAUACCUUAAUUGAGAAGACAGUCGAGGUCAACAGCAUGGCACACUUCUGGACCUACAAAGCCUUUCUCCCAGCAAUGAUUGCGGGUAACCAUGGUCACCUUGUUAGCAUUGCUAGCUCUGCUGGACUAAUUGGAGUUAAUGCACUAGCAGACUACUGUGCUAGCAAGUUCGCUGCUGUGGGGUUUGCCGAGUCCAUGGCUCUGGAGCUUCUGGCCUCAGGAUCCGACGGAGUAAAGACCACCAUUGUCUGUCCAUUCUUCAUCAACACGGGCAUGUUUGAUGGAGCCAAUACAAAGUGGCCCAGACUGAUGCCCAUUCUUCAGCCAGAUUAUGUGUGCAGGAAGAUUGUAGAUGCCAUCCAGCGGGAUCAGGUGUAUCUCUACAUGCCCCGAAGCCUUUACCUCGUCAUUGGACUGAAGAACAUUUUACCCACAAAGCUUGGCGUGUUGCUGGGACAGUAUCUGGGAGCAUUUGACUUAAUGGCAAAAUUCAAAGGUCGCAGUAAGAAGAUUGAAUGAUCCUGACGAAAGAGUGCUUAUCAGUUAACUAAUGGGCCAUGUAAAGAGACUAAACAACUAAUUAGAGGAUCAAUGUAGUUUUAGGUUAAUAUGAAAUGGAAUGAACUAUAAUGAAGGAAUGGAUAUAUCCCUGAGCCUUGUCCACAUAUUUCAGUUUUUGUACUAAAAAGAAACUCCGUCCACAAAUGCCUGGUAAAAUUGCAUUAUAUGACAUGUAUUUAAUGAUAGUGUGGAUUUUCUCUUCGUAAUGAAGUCUUUUAAAUUUUUUAAUUUGUUUUUAUAUUAUUUGUACUUGUAGUGACUAAUUGUUUUUGAAUGUCUUUUCUAUGCAAAGUACUUCAUCUUCACUGACCAUUAAGGUCUCAUAAAAUAUAAUCAAACUAUCCUUUAAUCAAACUGUCUAACUUACACAUCCACACACACUGUGAGUGAGAUAGAUACCUGCCUUGUGUGAAACAGCCCUUGAAAUUGUUUUGUCGAGCCUGUGCCCUUAGAGUCAUAAUAGAUGGGAUGGAGGACAUAAUACAGCUUCAUGAUGUGCGAUCAGUGCCUUACUCCUGCGGGUGGGCAAUCCCUCCAUUUUAAUCAGGCAUAGAAAGUAUACCGAGAGAGAACAUUAAGUGUCCAAUGACAGAGCUAACAUAAACUCACUGAGAUUUAGAUGCUUACUGUAUUUCAUUUCCAAUUUAAAGUCAUGCUUUUAUGGCAGUAGGUUCUAAAUCCUCCUAUGGGUUUUAAUGCGUACAAUUAUACUAUAUGAUGACUUGGUGUGCACGUAUAUGGCAGGGAUAAUGAGUUUAAGUGGUAGACCUGUGUGAAUGCUGUGCAAUCCUUAGUAUGACUUGAUACAUAUUUCAAACACAGAAGUAGACUAAGGUUUACCCUCGUAGCAGGAGCAGUGAUAUGCUGAAUGACAGCAGCACCAUCUAGUGCUUACACUAUGAACUGCAGCAUGUCAUUAAUGCCUCCCAGAUUACCUUCAAUGUUGCAAUUCUGUACUAGUCAUAUGGGUUUGCCAAAUAUGGCCAUUUUGGGAGAUUUCCCCAACAAGAAUAAAUCAUUGUUUUGUAUGCACGGCUA